AUGUCGAACCCGUUGGACACCGACGCCGGCUCGGAGCUCUUCAGCAGCUACGAGACCGAGCUAAAGCUGGUACAAGCCGAUUUGAAUCAGAAGCUGGACCAGAUCGCCGAGUCAAGCGGUGAGCAACGAAAGUCAGCAAUCAGGCAAGCCGAGAGAGCCCUGGAUGAAGCCACAGAAUUGCUAGAUCAAAUGCGCAUGGAGAAACAAAACAUCCCCUCAGCAGCACGAUCGAAGAUCAACACGCGCGUUCGCAACUACGCUACCGAUAUCGAUGAGGCAAAGCGCAAGUUGAGGUCUCUCUCUGAUGACCGCAAGGCGCUCUUCGGCGACCGCUACACAGAUGAUCCGCAGGACGAACAUCUGGAACAAAGACAACAGCUCCUGUCUGGUACGGAGCGGUUGGAGCGCAGUUCCGCCCGGCUCCAGGAGAGUCAGCGCAUCGCUCUCGAAACGGAGGAUAUUGGUCGCAACACCUUGGCCGACUUGAACCAGCAGCGCGAGACGAUUAUGAAUGCGCGGGGUCGACUGCUCGAGAGCGAAGGAUAUGUGGACACCAGUAUCAAGACACUAAGGGGCAUGGCCCGUAGGAUGGCUACGAAUCGGUUGAUCACAAUCGCAAUCAUCACAGUCUUGAUCUUGUUGAUUUUCGCCGUUAUCUACAGCAAGUUCCAUUGA